AUGAAGUAAAUUUGUCAUUAUACAUUUGAUGAAAUAAAUUCUCUAUAUAAGAUGCACAUGGUAAAGCAUAUGAAGGAUUAAACACUCUAAACAAUGAAACAGCAGCCAUAAAGAAGUUAGACUUGA